UCUCUCAGAGAAAAGCUGUGAAAUUCUGUCCUCAGUUCUCAGCUCCCAAUCCUCUAGCCUGAGAGAGAUGGACCUGAGUAACAAUGACCUGGAGAAUUCAGGACUUAGAUUUCUGUCUGCUGCACUGGAGAGUCCACAUUGUACACUACAAAUUCUCAGUUUAUCACGCUGUCUUAUCACAGAGGAAGGUUGUAUGUUUCUGGGCUCAGCUCUGAGCUCCAACCCCUCCCAUCUAAAAGAGCUGGAUCUGAGCUACAAUGACCCAGGCGAUUCAGGGAUAAAGCUGCUGUCAGCUGGUAUAAAGGAUCCACGCUGGAGACUGGACACUCUCAGGGUGGAGCCUGCUGGUACUGCAGUCUUAAGGACUGAAUGA